AUGUCUGGCCCUGGUGUUGGUUUCGAGUAUCCUCCUCAGGAGGUCACUUGGCUGAAGCGAGAUGUUUUGCUGUUUGCAAACAGCAUCGGCGCGACGGCCGACGAGCUUCACUUCCUCUACGAGCUUCACCCCAAGUUUGCCGUCUUCCCUACAUACCCCAUCAUCCUGACAUUCAAGGGUAACACCCAGGAAGUCAUCGACUUCUAUGCCUCCUCCAAGGCCGUCAAGAUCCCUAGCGUGCCGGAAUUCGACUACAGGCGCGUCGUCGAUGGCCAGCGAAAGAUGGAGUUCCUCAAGGCCCUGCCCACCUCCUCCGAGGGCAGGAAGUUCGAAUCCAGAACCAAGGUCCUCGGCGUCUACGACAAGGGCCGGCCAGGCACCGUCCUCGACGUCCAGACUGACCUCGUCGACACUGCUACCGGCGAGGUUUACACCCGCGUGACAACGAGUUCAUUCUUCGUCGGCCAGGGUGGCUGGCACGGCCCCAAGGGUCCCGCGACCAAGAACUUCCCUCCUCCCAAGGACAAGAAGCCCGAUGCCGUUCUGGAGCACCAGACCACGACCGAGUCGGCUCUGCUGUACCGCCUCAACGGCGACUACAAUCCCCUCCACGCCACUCCGGAGCCUGGCCAGAAGAUGGGCUUCGGGGGCGCCAUUAUGCACGGCCUGUACUCAUGGAACACUACCUGCUAUUUGAUCCUCAAGACCUUUGGCGGCAGCGACCCUGCCAACGUCAAGGAAUACCAGGCUCGUUUUGCUAGUCCUGUCAAGCCCGGCGACAAGCUGGUCACGAGUGUCUGGCGCACCGGCGAGAAGCAGGGUGACUUUGAGGAAAUUCGAUUUGUCACUGAGGUUGCAGGCGGCAAGGUGUGUUUGAGCAAUGGCCGUGCCUUGGUCAAGGUCGUUGGAGGCGCUGCUAGCAAGCUGUGA